AUGAAAUCCAACCAAGAACGGAGCAACGAAUGCCUGCCUCCCAAGAAACGAGAAAUCCCCGCGCCCAGCCGACCAUCCGAGGAGAAGGCCCCGGCUCUGCCCAACGACAACCACAGGGCAGAGGGCCUGGCAUGGCUCUCCAGCCAUCCUGGGGGCCAGAGCCAUGUGGGCAGCAGGCACGGACCAGCGGGCACCUCAGUGGAGCUUGGUUUACAGCAGGGAAUAGGUUUACACAAAUCCUUGUCCACGGGGCUGGACUACUCCCCGCCCAGUGCCCCCCGGUCAGUCCCAGUGACCACCACGCUCCCCACAGUGUAUCCACCCCCGCCGUCGGGGACCCCAGUGUCCCCUGUGCAGUAUGCCCACCUGCCCCACACUUUCCAGUUCAUCGGGUCCUCCCAGUACAGUGGGCCCUAUGCCGGCUUCAUCCCCUCACAGCUGAUCUCACCGACGGCCAACCCCGCCACCAGUGCCGUGGCCUCGGCUGCCAUGGCCACCACUCCGUCCCAGCGCUCCCAACUGGAGGCCUAUUCGACACUGCUGGCCAACAUGGGCAGCCUGAGCCAGGCCUCGGGACACAAGGUUGAGCCCCAGCAGCAGCACUUGAGCAGGACUCCGGGGCUCAUGAGCGCAGGGUCCCCACCACCCACCCAGCAAAACCAGUACGUCCACAUUUCCAGCUCCCCACAGAGCUCGGGGCGCACGGCCUCCCCGCCGGCCCUCCCUGUCCACCUGCACCCCCACCCAACGAUGAUCCCACACACGCUCACGCUGGGGCCCUCCUCCCAGGUGGUCGUGCAAUACUCGGACUCCAGCAGCCACUUUGUUCCUCGUGAGUCCACCAAGAAGGCCGAGAGCAGCCGGCUGCAGCAGGCCCUGCAGGCCAAGGAGAUCCUCAAUGGGGAGAUGGAGAAGAGCCGGAGGUACGGGGUCCCCUCCUCAGCAGACCUGGGCCUGGUGAAGGCAGGCAGCAAAGCAGCAGCCCACCACUACGAAUCCAGGCACAUGGUGGUCCACCCCAGCCCUGCUGACUACAGCACCCGAGAUGCUGCUGGGGUGCGGGCCUCUGUGAUGGUCCUGCCCAACAGCACUGCGCCCGCCUCUGACCUGGAGGUGCAGCCGGUCACCCACCGGGAGGCAUCCCCUUCCGCCCUCAAUGACAAGAGCGGCCUGCACUUAGGGAAGGCCGGCCACAGGUCUUACGCACUGUCCCCGCAGCAAGCGCUGGGACCUGAUGGCGUGAAGGCCGCUGUCGCCACACUGUCCCCCCACACGGUCAUUCAGACAUCGCACAACGCCUCCGAGCCACUCCCCGUGGGGCUGCCGGCCACGGCCUUCUAUGCAGGGACCCAGCCCCCAGUCAUCGGCUACCUGAGCGGCCAGCAGCAGGCAAUCACCUACGCCAGCAGCCUGCCCCAGCACCUGGUGAUCCCCGGCACCCAGCCUCUGCUCAUCCCUGUGGGCAGCACGGACAUGGACGCUUCGGGGGCAGCCCCCGCCAUCGUCACAUCGUCACCCCAGUUCGCUGCAGUGCCUCACACCUUCGUCACCACCGCCAUUCCGAAGAGCGAGAACUUCAGCCCCGAGGCCCUGGCUGCACCAGCUGCCUACCCAGCCAUGGUGCAGGCCCAGAUCCACCUGCCCGUGGUGCAGUCAGUGACGUCACCCUCGGCUGCGCCCCCGACACUGCCCCCCUAUUUCAUGAAAGGCUCCAUCAUCCAACUGGCCAAUGGGGAACUGAAGAAGGUGGAGGACUUGAAAACGGAAGACUUCAUCCAGAGCGCCGAAAUCAGCAACGAGCUGAAGAUUGACUCCAGCACGGUGGAGCGGAUCGAGGACAGCCACAGCCCGGGCGUCGCAGUGAUACAGUUUGCUGUCGGGGAACACCGAGCACAGGUCAGCGUUGAAGUGUUGGUCGAGUACCCUUUUUUUGUGUUUGGACAAGGCUGGUCAUCUUGCUGUCCCGAGAGAACCAGCCAGCUCUUCGACUUACCAUGUUCCAAACUCUCCGUUGGGGACGUCUGCAUCUCACUGACCCUCAAGAACCUGAAGAAUGGCUCCGUGAAAAAGGGCCAGUCUGUGGACCCCGCCAGCGUUCUGCUGAAGCACCCCAAGGCCGACAGCCUCCCAGGCGCCCGACACCGCUACACCGAGCAGGAGAAUGGCAUCAGCCAGGGAAGUGCCCAGAUGCUCGCUGAAAACGGAGAACUGAAGUUUCCCGAAAAAAUCGGAUUGCCUCCAACACCCUUGGUCACCAAAAUCGAACCUGGCAAGCCCGCGGCCACGAGGAAGAGGAGGUGGUCGGCCCCGGAGACCCGCAAACUGGAGAAGUCAGAUGAGGAGCCACCCUGGACUCUUCCUAAACCUUCUCUAAUCCCUCAGGAGGUUAAGAUUUCCAUUGAAGGCCGCUCCAAUGUAGGCAAGUAA